GUAGGUCAAAGUACACAUAAGCGCAUUUGGUGGUUGAGACAGUCCGUAACAUUUUCUCGAAGGCUUUUUCUCAUGUGGUCGCACGUCUCACUUCACGCGGGAGCCACUCGUUCGAUGAACUUUCCACCGGCGAAGGCUGCGCAAACGCCUCCAGGCGCGACAAGCGCACGCCAGUCUCUACACACAAUCCCCGAGUGGUUGACGUUGUUGUAACUUUUUCUCGUGAUUCCGCGGUUUUCUCACGACCAGUUAAUGCUCAUACUAGUACACGAGUGAUAUAAGUGAAGUGAUCGUAAAGUGGAUAUUGCCAGUGGUUACUGUUAAUAAAUAAGUAAUUAAUUCUGUAUGCGGGAUGAUAAACGGACUUGUGAAGGAACAUCGACUGCCGAAGUAUACUAACCAAAUCAGUGACCACUAAUGUGUGGGUCGGGUGUGUCGCGAUGCGGGAGGAGGACCUGGAGGUGGCACUCAAGGUGGUGAUCGUGGGCGAUGGCGGCGUCGGCAAGUCCAGCAUGAUACAGCGGUACUGCCGAGGCACCUUCACCAGGGACUACAAGAAGACUAUUGGAGUCGACUUCUUGGAGCGACAGAUUGAGAUCGACGGCGAGGAAGUCCGGCUGAUGCUAUGGGACACGGCGGGGCAAGAGGAGUUCGACGCCAUCACGAAGGCGUACUACCGCGGCGCACACGCAUGCGUGCUCGCCUUCAGCACCACAGACCGAGACUCCUUCCUCUCGCUACACUCUUGGAAACUCAAGGUGGAGAAUGAAUGCGGGGAAAUCCCGACAAUCAUAGUUCAAAAUAAAAUUGAUUUAAUGGAUCAAUGUGUCGUUGGACCAGACGAAGCGGAGCUGGUAGCACGGGCACUAGGCUGCCGACUGAUGCGGGCGUCAGUCAAGGAGGACGUGAAUGUGGGCGCGGUGUUCCGAGCGCUGGCGACGCGGUGCUUGUCCGAUAUGCGGCGUGACGACGCUGAUGCGUUGCCGCCGUGUCAGGCGCCUGUUAUAGGAACAUUUACAAACCACAAUAGCAACGGUACGAUCCUGCUGCGGCCGACCAAGCACCGGCCGGGAGGCAAGAAGAAGAAUGUGCUGCGAAACGCUUGCAGACUACUGUGAUCAAGACAAUACUGCUCAACUUUAACAUAAUUAUAAAUACUUCAAGCAAGAUUUGACCUGUAAAGGGAACAAGACAGAAUAUUAAAAAAGAAACCCCAAAAGUACCUACAUACCUACCUGAACUUCUAAGGGUAUUGGACAAUUUUUGGAUAUAGAGGUUUAGUUUUCUGUGUAAAGAAAGCAUAUAUGUAAUUGGAUAUUAAUUGGUAUACAACUGGUAAAAAUCUAUUAUUCUCCAUUGAAAUUAUAAUAAAAAUAUUAAGAAUUUUAUCAAAGGUCCAGAAGAGAGACCACAAUUUUAGUCGAAUAAGGAAGCUGUUUAGUCAUAUUUUUAUGUUUUCUAGUUAGUUUAUAUUGAAAUAACAAAUCUAUGUAAAUAUUUUGUACUUAUCUAACUAUUCAUUUUAUAAAAAAUAAAUUAUUUGCAAAUAA